GCACGGCGAUAGAAAUGAAAAUCAUAGGUUACACGCACAGAGUUCUAUGUCCAAUCAAGCUCCUCCACUUCAACGCGGCCAGGGAUAUCUCACGCCCCUCUCACAAACCAACAGACUAACAUCUGGAGGACAUUCGAGUGUGUUGGUCUCUCAUCAAAAUGCGCCUCACUCCUUUUCAAUAAGUAUACCGCAAUCCGCUACUGCCGACGCACCUGGGCAUUUUUCUCAGUCAGUCACAUCCAACAUGUACCAACGUUCAAGCUCCACCGCAGGCCACUCUAUAUCUGUUCCUCAGUAUAAUUACCCAACAUAUUCACCUUCUAUCCUUAGAGGAGCUGACCCUUGUUUCACGUCUGAGGUAUCUAAGACGACCACGGAGAUGAACUUGGGAUACAACCUUCAAGAGCAAGAUGGGCUGGAGCCGCAAGUACGUCCACUUAAGAGGAUCAAAGGGACACAAGGCAAUCGAGAAAAACUAGAUCCAAGUAAGAUAUGGCCCGAAUCCAUGCUUCUAAAUUGUGACUCAACGACUUCAGGUUUUAUGGUACGGCGUCCCGCAGCUCCGUUCUUUGAGAUUGGUCGAGUAAGUCGAAUAACUGCACUGGAUAUUCGAAGAAAGACUUUCGUUAACAUUUUGAAAGGUCUUCAAGGUUCUUUGGCCAGAGAUGGUGGGAGAAGGAACCGCUCCCCCGACGAUAUCUGUUCAGCAGCUUGCCCGAGAUCCUAGAUUCAAUCAGGAGAUUUAUGUGAAAAUCCGUUGGUUCGUUGUCGUUAGACUAGGCCAUAAUUGCUGUCAUUGUUUGUGAGUAACCUCGGUGCCUUUGAUUUUAUAAUGGGGAAUGCUGAAAUCCUUUCAAGGCCGAUACAGACGUACUCUAGAAGAGGCGUGUCGGCUGUAAAGAAGAAGAGCCACCACGCUAUCAUCUAUACGGGUGACCAUGGACCACCAGCUCCCAAGCCAGAAGAAUUACCUCAAAGCCCCUCGGAGCUUCCAAUGGGUGACUCAAUUCGUGUAGUUGCCACCAACCCAUGGGAAAAACUGGAUCCACUUUCGCG